AUGCGCUACCGGCAGACGACUGGUAGUGUACCUCAGAGCGACAAGCCGCCAGUCCAGAUCCUGCCGCAGCGCCGUGGCAAUCUGCCGCGGGGAACUGUGGGCCACCAGCUGCUCGUCUGCGUCUGCGUCUGCGCCUGCACGAUGCAAAUCGCGCAGCGUGUGCGUUGGGACCACGCCGCCUCGCCUCUCACGCAGCGGCGCCAAAAGCACCACUGUGGAGUACGCACUGUCGUCCGACGCAAAGGCAGGGUCACACAGGAGACCGCCGGCCGCCGCCCCCUCAACACGGACAGCAGCAUCCCCGGCACCGCCGCACAAAAGGGCGGAGGUCGCAAAUCCCACUAA